CAAAUGCACCUAUACACCAUACAACAUUGGCCUGUUUUUCUAUUGUCAACGUUAAAACUCAUUGUUUGGGGUCACACACACUUCGCUUGCGGUCACAACUCACUCUCGUUUCUUCCUCAAUUUCAAUGCCAUCGUCUCCAGUUUAAUCCCAAAAGAACGGUAAAGCGGUGCAUGCGUUUCAGCUGGAACUUCAAAGCUACUUUAAUCAAUAAACUAUUUCAAUAACGGAAUCCAACAGUGCCAUAUGAGUGAAGGUGAUUAAAAGCCGUAUGUGAUGGAAUGCAACAAAGAGGAAGCAGUUCGGGCCAAACAGCUUGCCGAGAAGAAGAUGGAGAUCAAAGACUUCUCGGGGGCCCUAAAGAUCGCGCUCAAGGCCCAACAGCUUUAUCCCGAACUCGAAAACAUUUCUCAGUUAAUUUUGGUAUGUGAAGUACACUGUUCCGCCGAGAAGAAAUCAUACGGCACCGAUAAAGACUGGUACGGAAUUCUCAAAGUCGAGGCGUCUGCUGACGAUAUAACAAUUAAAAAACAGUACAGAAAAUUAGCUCUUACGCUCCAUCCCGAUAAAAACAACUUUUCCGGAUCUACUGACGCUUUUAAGUUAAUCGGCGAAGCACAAAGAGUGCUUCUGGACCGUGAAAAACGAAUGGUUCAUGAUAGUAAGCGUAGAUCUUACGGAAACGUUUCAGCCCCUAGUUGGAACCCCCCUAAACAACCAACCCGACAAUCGAAUGUCCAAUACCAACAUCCUUGGAAUCAGGGUCAUUCCAUUAAUUUUACCGCAGCGCGUCCUGCUAAUUUUCAGUUUACACCACAGCAGUUCUCAACUGCUGGUGGACAUCGGUCGACGUUGUCGACUUUCUGGACUGUUUGUCCGUUCUGUUCGGUUAGGUACCAGUUUUUUAAAGAUGUCGUUAAAAAAGAUAUCAAUUGUCAAAGUUGCAAGAAAACGUUUACUGCUUAUGAAUUGAACGCCCCAAGUGCUGCUGCCGCAACUCCAACCCAUAUCCAUACCCAUACCCAACCGAUUAGGGUUCCGCCCAAACCCGUACCGAGUACGAGGCGUGGUUUUACAACGAAGCCGGUAUUUGAGAAAAAAGAAACACCCAAGGCACACGUUAAUGCAAGCAGGAAACGGAAAAAGCGAAUAGAAGAAUCGAGUGAAAGCUCUGAUAGUAGUAGUAGUGAGAGCUCGGAAUCUGAAGAAGACAUAGAAGUGCAUAGUGAAAGUGAAGACAACGGUGUGCGAAAAAACGUUGAUGAAAAUCCAAAUAAUUCGGAUUUUCAAUAUUUCGGUGAACAGCCGCGCAGAUCCGCAAGGGCAAAAAGGAACGUUUCCUACAAAGAAAACGUAAACGAUAUUGACAUCGAUAUUGAUAACGAUGAUGUCGCUUCACCAAACGAAAACAGUGCUGAGGAAGAUACGUUCUGGAAAGAAGAGGCGAGGAAAGUUGAUGAAAAUAAACAAAAGGAAUCAGAUAAUGAAAAAACUCAGAAGGAUGAUGAAGGGGGUGAAAGUGCAAAUGAUGAUGAUAAAGGGGGUGAAAGUGCAAAUGAUGAUGAUAACGAAGAAGAAAUAGAACCGGAAGUUUUUGAGUGCCCUGAUCCCGAGUUUAGUGAUUUCGAUCAAUACAGAAAAGAAGAAAGUUUUAAAACGGGGCAGAUAUGGGCGUGUUACGAUACCGAAGACGCAAUGCCGAGAUUCUACACAUUUAUUAAAAAAGUAUCCUUGGUACCGGAGUUUAAGCUGCAAAUUCAAUGGUUAAAACCUGAUCCUGCAACUGUUGACGAAAAGAAAUGGGUGGCUGCAGAUUUACCGGUUGCGUGUGGCAGAUUUAAACACGGGAAACUCGAUAAAUCCGAAGAUAUUUUCUCAUUCUCACACUUGGUUACAUGGGAAGCGGGUCAACAAACCAAAACAAUUAACAUAAUUCCAAGAAAAGGCGAGACAUGGGCCCUUUUUAAAAACUGGUCGAUAAACUGGCACACGCCCGAAGACGAUGACGAGGAAAGAAAGUACGAAUACGAGUUUGUGGAAGUUUUAUCGGACUUCGAUGAAAACGUGGGUGCGCGCGUUUCGUUAUUGGAGAAAGUGAAGGGGUUUGUAUGUCUUUUUAGUAAAAAAGAAGGCGGUGAGAUGGUGGUUUCGGGGAGCGAAAAGUACAGAUUCGCUCAUAUGGUUCUUUCGUGUAGAAUGAGCGGAGAAGAAAGAGAAGGUGUUCCGAAAGGGUGUUACGAACUCGAUCCUGCUUCUCUGCCUGCAUCAACAUUUGAAUAGGUUUAAUCUUGUAAUAACUUUAAAAUGAAUGUUUUGUGGUUGUUUAGAUUUUACUUUUUGGUAAUUAGAUAGCCAAAUGUUUGGCUAAACAUGUGGAAAUUUUUUAAAGUAAUGUGUAGACUUGUGCUGAAAAGAGGUCUGAAAUGAUCUUUUUUAAGGGUCAUUUCGUUUGGAUGACUAGUUUUUGGCAUACUAAUCUUGUUUUUUUGGCU